GCAAUCUCCCGCCAUAUUGGUCACCGGAUAUUUCACUCGGAAUUUUUCACGCCGGAAAAGCAUAUAUAAGCAUGUGACUCUCCCCUCGCUCUCAUUGCUUCUCCCUUCUAUAGAUCUGUUUCGCUAUACCCCCUAACCUCUGUCCCAGUCUCCCACAAAGUACAGUAAAAUGCUUAGAUUAUCCACCCGCGCUAGCCGCCCAUCCACCAUGUUUGCUGGUGUCCGCCAGUUCAACCACUGGGUCGACGUCCAGAUGGCCCCUCCAGACAAGAUCUUGGGCCUCUCCGAAUUGUACGUGAAGGACCCUAACCCUAAGAAGGUCAACUUGGGUGUUGGUGCCUACAGAGACGAAGAAGGUAAGCCUUGGAUUUUGCCAUCCGUCAAGGAGGCUGAGCGCAAGUUGGUUGUUGAGGGCUUGGAAAAAGACAAGGAGUACGUUCCAAUCUUGGGCUCUGGUCCAUACAACUCGGCCGUGCAGAAGUUUAUUUUCGGCCACGAUGAGUUCGGUAAGAAGUUGAUUGCGGAAAAGAGAAUCGUCUCUGCUCAAACCAUCUCCGGUACCGGUUCUUUGAGAGUCAUUGCCGAGCUCUUGAACAAGUUCUACAGCGUCAAGAAGUGCUACAUGUCUGCGCCAACCUGGCCAAACCACUUGAACGUCUUCCGUGACGCCGGCGUCGAGCCAGCCGCUUACCCAUACUACGAUUUGGACACCAACUCCUUGGACAUUGAGAACUUGUUGGCCACUUUGAACAAGGCCGAGAAGGGUGCCCUCAUCUUGUUGCACUCUUCUUGCCACAACCCAACCGGUUUGGACGCCACCUCCGAACAGUGGGACCAGAUCUUGGAGGUGAUUACCAAGAGAGAGUUGUUCCCAAUUGUCGACAUGGCCUACCAGGGCUUCGCUACCGGUGACCCAAUCAAGGACUUGGGCAUUGUCAUCCACAAGAUGACCAAGAUGCACUACGAAAACCCAGAAAAGUUGCCAUCUUUCGCGUUGUGUCAGUCCUUCGCGAAGAACAUGGGUUUGUACGGUGAACGUACCGGCUCCGUCUUCUUGGUUCAUGAAUCUCCAGAGUUCAUCUCCAAGAUCACCUCCCAGUUGAAGGCCUUGGUCAGACCAAUGUACUCCUCCCCACCAUGCCACGGCUCCAAGAUUGUCGAGGUUAUCUUGAACGACGAAAAGUUGUACAAGUCUUGGUUGGGCGACGUUGCCAAGAUCACCAACAGAUUGAACGAAGUCCGUUCUGGUUUGUACGACAACUUGGACCACAGCUUGCGUAACUGGGACCACUUGAAGAGACAAAAGGGUAUGUUCUCCUACACCGGGUUGAGCAAGGACGAGAUGUUGAAGUUGAGAUCUGACUUCUCCAUCUACGGUACCGACGAUGGGAGAUUUUCCUUGGCCGGUAUCAGCAACCGUAACGUCAAGUACGUUGCCGAGGCUGUCAACGCGGUUGUCAAGAAGUAAGCCCGUACCUCCGCACGCAGUGCUUUAUGACUAAUAAAUGACAUAUGUUGAUGAAUCAAGAUUGUAGGUCCUCGACAAACCAAUUUGAUUAAAAUGAGGAGCUUUGCCUGACUUAACAGGGUUUCUCGGACAGUUUUUUAACUGGGCUAUUUGGUUUGCGAACGAAAUCCAAUGGCAUACCUUUGAGUGAAAAAAAAAAGUAAUGAGAUCUGAGCUCCGAAUAAAUAUGGUU